AUGAAAGGGGGGGGGGGGGGGGGGGGGGGGCGGGGGGGGGGGGGGGGGGGGGGGGGGGGGGGGGGGGGGGGGGGGGGGGGGGGGGGGGGGGGGGGGGGGGGGGGGGGGGGGGGGGGGGGGGGGGGGGGGGGGGGGGGGGCGGGGGGGGGGGGGGGGGGGGGGGGGGGGGGGGGGGGGGGGGGGGGGGGGGGGGGGGGGGGGGGGGGGGUGUGGGGGUUGGGGGGGGGGGGGGGGGGGGGGGGGGGGGGGGGGGGCGGGGGGGGGGGGGGGGGGGGGGGGGGGGGGGGGGGGGGGGUGGGGGGGGGGGGGGGGGGGGGGGGGGGGGGGGGGGGUGGGGGGUGUGGGGGGGGGGGUGGGGGGGGGGGGGGGGGGGGGGGGGGGGGGGGGGGGGGGGGGUGGGGGGGGGGGGGGGGGGGGGGGGGGGGGGGGGGGGGGGGGUGGGGGGGGGGGGGGGGGUGGGGUGGGGGGGGGGGGGGGGGGGGGGGGGGAGGGGGGGGGGGGGGGGGGGGUGGGGGGGGGGGGGGGGGGGGGGGGGGGGGGGGGGGGGGGGGGGGGGGGGUGGGGGGGGGGGGGGGGGGGGGGGGGGGGGGGGGGGGGGGGGGGGCGGGGGGGGGGGGGGGGGGGGGGGGGGGGGGGGGGGGGGGGGGGGGGGGGGGGGGGGGGGGGGGGGGGGGGGGGGGGGGGGGGGGGGGGGGGGGGGGGGGGGGGGGGGGGGGGGGGGGGGGGGGGGGGGGUGGGGGGGGGGGGGGAGGGGGGGGGGGGGGGGGGGGGGGGGGGGGGGGGGGGGGGGGGGGGGGGGGGGGGGGGGGGGCGGGGGGGGGGGGGGGGGGGGGGGGGGGGGGGGGGGGGGGGGGGGGGGGGGGGGGGGGGGGGGGGGGGGGGGGGGGGGGGGGGGGGGGGGGGGGGGGGGGGGGGGGGGGGGGGGGGGGGGGGGGGGGGGGGGGGGGGGGGGGGGGGGGGGGGGGGGGGGGGGGGGGGGGGGGGGGCGGGGGGGGGGGGGGGGGGGGGGGGGGGGGGGGGGGGGGGGGGGGGGGGGGGGGGGGGGGGGGGGGGGCGGGGGGGGGGGGGGGGGGGGGGGGGGGGGGGGGGGGGGGGGGGGGGGGGGGGGGGGGGGGGGGGGGGGGGGGGGGGGGGGGGGGGGGGGGGGGGGGGGGGGGGGGGGGGGGGGGGGGGGGGGGGGGGGGGGGGGGGGGGGGGGGGGGGGGGGGGGGGGGGGGGGGGGGGGGGGGGGGGGGGGGGGGGGGGGGGGGGGGGGGGGGGGGGGGGGGGGGGGGGGGGGGGGGGGGGGGGGGGGGGGGGGGGGGGGGGGGGGGGGGGGGGGGGGGGGGGGGGGGGGGGGGGGGGGCGGGGGGGGGGGGGGGGGGGGGGGGGGGGGGGGGGGGGGGGGGGGGGGGGGGGGGGGGGGGGGGGGGGGCGGGGGGGGGGGGGGGGGGGGGGGGGGGGGGGGGGGGGGGGGGGGGGGGGGGGGGGGGCGGGGGGGGGGGGGGGGGGGGGGGGGGGGGGGGGGGGGGGGGGGGGGGGGGGGGGGGGGGGGGGGGGGGGGGGGGGGGGGGGGGGGGGGGGGGGGGGGGGGGGGGGGGGGGGGGGGGGGGGGGGGGGGGGGGGGGGGGGGGGGGGGGGGGGGGGGGGGGGGGGGGGGGGGGGGGGGGGGGGGGGGGGGGGGGGGGGGGGGGGGGGGGGGGGGGGGGGGGGGGGGGGGGGGGGGGGGGGGGGGGGGGGGGGGGGGGGGGGGGGGGGGGGGGGGGGGGGGGGGGGGGGGGGGGGGGGGGGGGGGGGCGGGGGGGGGGGGGGGGGGGGGGGGGGGGGGGGGGGGGGGGGGGGGGGGGGGGGGGGGGGGGGGGGGGGGGGGGGGGGGGGGGGGGGGGGGGGGGGGGGGGGGGGGGGGGGGGGGGGGGGGGGGGGGGGGGGGGGGGGGGGGGGGGCGGGGGGGGGGGGGGGGGGGGGGGGGGGGGGGGGGGGGGGGGGGGGGGGGGGGGGGGGGGGGGGGGGGGGGGGGGGGGGGGGGGGGGGGGGGGGGGGGGGGGGGGGGGGGGGGGGGGGGGGGGGGGGGGGGGGGGGGCGGGGGGGGGGGGGGGGGGGGGGGGGGGGGGGGGGGGGGGGCGGGGGGGGGGGGGGGGGGGGGGGGGGGGGGGGGGGGGGGGGGGGGGGGGGGGGGGGGGGGGGGGGGGGGGGGGGGGGGGGGGGGGGGGGGGGGGGGGGGGGGGGGGGGGGGGGGGGGGGGGGGGGGGGGGGGGGGGGGGGGGGGGGGGGGGGGGGGGGGGGGGGGGGGGGGGGGGGGGGGGGGGGGGGGGGGGGGGGGGGGGGGGGGGGGGGGGGGGGGGGGGGGGCGGGGGGGGGGGGGGGGGGGGGGGGGGGGGGGGGGGGGGGGGGGGGGGGGGGGGGGGGGGGGGGGGGGGGGGGGGGGGGGGGGGGGGGGGGGGGGGGGGGGGGGGGGGGGGGGGGGGGGGGGGGGGGGGGGGGGGGGGGGGGGGGGGGGGGGGGGGGGGGGGGGGGGGGGGGGGGGGGGGGGGGGGGGGGGGGGGGGGGGGGGGGGGGGGGGGGGGGGGGGGGGGGGGGGGGGGGGGGGGGGGGGGGGGCGGGGGGGGGGGGGGGGGGGGGGGGGGGGGGGGGGGGGGGGGGGGGGGGGGGGGGGGGGGGGGGGGGGGGGGGGGGGGGGGGGGGGGGGGGGGGGGGGGGGGGGGGGGGGGCGGGGGGGGGGGGGGGGGGGGGGGGGGGGGGGGGGGGGGGGGGGGGGGGGGGGGGGGGGGGGGGGGGGGGGGGGGGGGGGGGGGGGGGGGGGGGGGGCUUUUUGUGGUCAUUAGCCUAAAUGGCAUUUUUAUUGGCUUUUUAUUUGUGUUUUUUAUGGUGCGUUGUGUACUUUUCAUGUUUCGGCGGUAA